GGCCGCGUGGCCCUGGCCGACAUCGCCUUCACGGGUGGCGGCAACAUCGUGGUGGCCACGGCGGACGGCAGCAGCGCCUCGCCCGUGCAGUUCUACAAGGUGUGCGUGAGCGUGGUCAGCGAGAAGUGCCGCAUCGACACCGAGAUCCUGCCCUCGCUGUUCAUGCGCUGCACCGCCGACCUCCACCGCAAGGACAAGUUCCCCGCCAUCACCCACCUCAAGUUCCUGGCCCGCGACAUGUCGGAGCAGGUGCUCCUGUGUGCGUCCAGCCAGACAAGCAGCAUCGUGGAGUGCUGGUCCCUGCGGAAGGAGGGGCUCCCCGUGAACAACAUUUUCCAGCAGAUCUCUCCCGUGGUUGGUGAAAAGCAGCCCAUGAUCCUCAAAUGGCGGAUCCUGUCAGCCACCAACGACCUGGACCGUGUGUCAGCCGUGGCACUACCAAAGCUGCCUAUCUCGCUCACCAACAUCGACCUCAAGGUGGCCAGCGACACCCAGUUCUACCCCGGCCUCGGGCUGGCCUUGGCCUUCCACGAUGGCAGCGUCCACAUCGUGCACCGGCUUUCACUGCAGACCAUGGCCUUCUACAGCUCUGCCACCCCACGGUCCGUGGACGAGCCAGCCAUCAAGCGUACUCGGACCACAGGCCCCACUGUCCACUUUAAGGCUAUGCAGCUCUCCUGGACCUCCCUGGCCCUUGUGGGCAUCGACAACCAUGGGAAGCUGAGCAUGAUCCGCAUCUCGCCCUCCAUGGGCCACGCGGUGGACAUCAACCCGGCCCUGCGGCAUCUGCUCUUCCUGCUUGAGUACUGCAUGGUGACCGGCUAUGACUGGUGGGACAUCCUGCUGCACGUGCAGCCCAGCAUGGUGCAGAACCUGGUGGAGAAGCUUCACGAGGAGUACAUGCGCCAGAACGCUGCCCUGCAGCAGGUCCUCUCCACGCGGAUCCUGGCCAUGAAGGCCUCGCUGUGCAAGCUGUCACCCUGCACAGUGACCCGCGUGUGCGACUACCACACCAAGCUCUUCCUCAUCGCCAUCAGCUCCACGCUCAAGUCCCUCCUGCGCCCGCACAUCCUCAACACCCCCGACAAGAGCCCUGGCGACCGGCUGAGCGAGAUCUGCGCCAAGAUCACCGAUGUUGACAUUGACAAGGUCAUGAUCAACCUCAAGACGGAGGAGUUCGUCCUGGACAUGAACACGCUGCAGGCGCUGCAGCAGCUCCUGCAGUGGGUGGGCGACUUCGUGCUCUACCUGCUGGCCAGCCUGCCCAACCAGGGCUCCCCGCUGCGGCCUGGCCACAGUUUCCUGCGAGAUGGCACCUCGCUGGGCAUGCUGCGUGAGAUGAUGGUAGUGAUCCGCAUCUGGGGCCUGCUGAAGCCUAGCUGCCUGCCCGUGUACACGGCCACCUCGGACACCCAGGAUAGCAUGUCCUUGCUCUUCCGCCUGCUCACCAAGCUCUGGCUCUGCUGCCGUGAGGAGGGCCCGGCAAGUGAGCCGGACGAGGCCCUGGUGGACGAGUGCUGCCUGCUGCCCAGCCAGCUGCUCAUCCCCAGCCUGGACUGGCUGCCCGCCAGCGACGGCCUCAUCAGCCGCUUGCAGCCCAAGCAGCCCCUGCGGCUGCAGUUUGGCAGGGCGCCCACCCUGCUGGGCAGUGCUGCCACCCUGCAGCUGGACGGCCUCGUCAGGGCACCAGGCCAGCCCAAGAUGGACCACCUGCGGAGGCUGCACUUGGGAGCCUACCCCACGGAGGAGUGCAAAGCCUGUACCAGAUGUGGCUGUGUCACCAUGAUCAAGUCACCCAACAAGACGACGGCUGUCAAACAGUGGGAGCAGCGCUGGAUUAAGAACUGCCUGUGCGGGGGGCUCUGGCGGCGGCUGCCCCUCAGCUACCCCUGACCAGGAGCCGCAGGCCCGCGCAGUGCAUAGAUCCCUGAUGGGUUAUACGACGCUCGCCCAUGACAGAACAUCCCACACACUGUGGACAUCUAUCGGGUGUGUUAAAACAGCCUAUCCCCAAAGCAGGCCUCUUGGAGGCACUUGGCAGAGCCAGAGCCUGGGGCCUCCAUAACUGGAGUCGCCUCGGCCCAGCAAGCCUGGGAUUUUUCCAUCACAGGGCAGUGGCCCAUGCGCCACCCUCCAGGGACCCCCAGUGGUGUGUGCACAGUGACCGAGGUCCCAGCUCGGGGGUCCAGGACAGCUGGGGGUCCCAUGUGAAUCAUCAGGGGUGCUGCAGAUGACACCGCCCUGGGGCACCUGCCUCAGUUUCCUCACCUGUGCCUGUGGAGGUGGUUCUGAGCCUGUCACCCUUGGCCGGGAAGGAUGGACCCAAUAAACGGCCCCAUGCACCCCCGGCCUGUGUCACCAUCAUGGGCACCACCACCCAGAGCAGGUCCAGCCCCCCUGAGGCUGUGCCUCAUCCCCCAGGUCCCAUCACUGUGAUCUCUGCACCAGCCAUGUGUGUCUCUUGAUGUCAGUCAGUCAGCAGUUAGGGAGCGCCUAGUGUAUGCCAAGCCCAGGGUGUGGGCACUGAGUGGUGGCUGGGCAGCCUUGCCUCUCCACGUGUGUCUCUGCCUGUGUUUGUGUCUUUCUCCAGCCCCACCCCCACACACCCGAGCACUCAGACCCGAAGCCCUGGUUUCUGCCAGCUCAGUCCUCAUCCCCCAGGGGUCCCGCCUUCUGUCCCUGACAAGUGCUUUGACGCUUCCCCACUGGCCCCGAGGUGGGAGGGCUGUGGCAGACACAGCACCCGCCUGUCACGUGCCAGUUGGCUUGCUGGUUUUGCUCCUGCCAGGCUGUCAGAGGGCAGGCUGGCGGCGCCCCGCGAGGCAGACACUGUGGCUGCCCACGGCCAGAGCCAGGGAGCCCCAUCACCUGGGCCAGGGAGAGGGGGGAGCCUAGGAGGGGCCUCCACUUUAAAACCCGCCUGCCCACGGCUGCAGGACUCAGUGGUGCCCGGGUCCCUGUUGUCCGAGUUGCUGGGUCUGUGGUGGCCAAGGCAGGGAGCUCCGGUCUCACCUCCCACCUGGGCUGCUGGCGCCCACCGCCCUCUUAGUGUCUUGGCGCGUCCGGAUGAGCCACGGAGGCCCGUCUUCAGCUGCUAAGAGAAAACACGUGGACGUGGACGCGUCUGUGCAAACCUCGUGAUCUUUUCUGUUUGUGUUUUGGCGGCGGCUGGGACAAGGAUCGAACCCUGGACUUGUGUUAGCAGCACCACGCUCUAACCACUGAGCAGCCGUCCAGUCCACAGACCUUUUGUUCUAACUCAACAUGUAGGGACACAGGUUCGAGGGCAGUGAGGACCUCAGAGUUUGGCCGGGUCCUUCCCACCCAAACCGCAACCAUAACUCUCGGCCUCUCUGUCAUCUGCUUGGGCAAGCCAGGCGGAGAGUCCCAGGCACGCCCUUCCCGCCUCCUGCAAAUUUUUCCUGGGCCUUUUAUGAUCACGUCGCCCGUGCCUCAUUUGACUUUUUUUUUUAAAAGCCAUUUCCAUUAUCGAGUCUCUGGAUUAAGUUAAUUGUAUUAAAAAAUGAGGCUGUUUCCUUA